AUGAACCUCAAGGGACGGGUAUGGUGCUGUUUAGCAGGUGCAGUGCUACUACUCGUGAUAUACAGAAACAGUCAACAACGACAUACUGGCAAACGCGACAACGUGAUAUCUGAUUGGUGGAUACAGCCCAACUACUAUAAAUUCGGAGACAGUGUUGAGCUAAUUGUCAAUAAAGUAGAGUCAGAUUUGACGCAAUUGCCGUUUGCGUAUUACGAUUUGCCUUUUACAUGUCCACCAACACAGUACAAAAAGCCAUUACAUCUCUCAUUAAAUGAAAUUAUCAGAGGGGAUCGCAAGUGGCAAAGUGACUAUAUUUUGAAGUUUGGAGAAGAUAACAGUUGUCAGACGUUAUGUUCACGAAAAACCACGGCUAAAGGAAUUCAAGAGGCCAAGAAGCUAGUAGAACAGGGUUAUGUUGUACAAUGGCUGAUAGAUGACGAGCUUCCAGCUGCAACAACAUUUAUUUCUACUAUUGAUGAAAAGAAAUAUUAUGCAUCAGGAUACCCACUAGGGUUUGUGGAUGAGAUUACAGGGAAGGCUUACUUGAAUAAUCAUGUUAUGCUGGUGAUAAGAUAUAAUCCAGUUGAUGCCGAUCGAUCUACUAUAGUCGGAUUUGAAGUCUAUCCUCGAUCUGUAAGUGAUUUUGGAUGUCCUGGGGCAUCUAAAGACCACAAACAUUAUGAACUCAUAGUACCUGAAGACAAGGAUGAUCUCACAUUUAUCCCUGUAACAUACUCGGUCUACUGGAGGGAGGAAUAUAAUGUGAACUGGGAAAAUAGAUGGAAUUUCUUUCUGAACAGUGGUGAACUAUCUGAAGAUUCGUCCAAAAAAUUCCAUUGGAUGAGCUUGGCAAAUUCUGUUGGAAUUUUACUGUUGAUAACAUUCACUACUGUCAUUAAUCUGAUAAAAGUUUUGAAAAAAGGUGACUCUGAGGCUGAUUUGAUGGAUAUCUCAUUAGACAAUAUUGAAAAUAAUGAUUCUAUCUAUAUAAUUGCGAAAGACUGGCUUUUGGAAACCGAUGGAUCAUCUCUCUGGGUUAAAAUUUUAACAAUCUUCACUGCCAUGGGUGUUCAAGUAUUUUUUACAAUAUUUGGCUCGUUGACAAUCAGUUGUUCACUGAACAAAUUGCAUAACAUACGGAAUUCUGUCUUCACAUUAGCUCUACUCUGUUUUGUGGCCGGAGCGUUCGCUGCUUCAUCGAUUGGUACCUGGUUGAAUUUGAGCCUUCAAGAAUUCUCGUCGACAAAUGAUAUUGGUUACAGGGGCGCAUCUCAUUACAAUACCAUUUUCGCAUUACUGUGUGGCUCAGCAUUACCAGGAUUAGUUAUGAUCAGUACUUUGAUAUUGAACUCUGUAAUCUGGGCAAAGGAUUCAACUCAUGCAUUACCAUUCGGCACUGUAGCACAAUUUAUCUCCAUAUAUUUCAUUAUCUGCAUUCCGUUGAGCUAUUUUGGAGGAAUCGCUACUACAAAAAUAUAUCGAUCAAACAAGCAGCGUUUUACAUUAAUUAAGAUGAGCCCAAUAAGAAUGGAAAAUCUGCUAAAACAAAAAAAACCCAUGAUAUACAAAAUGUCAGAAAGCGAUACAAAGCCGAUGAAGAGUCAGCUGAAGUCUUAUCUGGGAAUUAUAUUAUCGGGAGGUAUACCACCAUUCAUAGUAAUUUACGUUGAACUGCAGUACGUUUACAAAUCUCUUUGGCUGGAGAAAACGACAUUUUACUAUUUUUACGGAUUCUUGCUGGCUAAUAUUGCAUUGCUGUGCAUCUUGGUUUGUGAAAUUUCAUUAUUAGGAUGUUUCGUUUUCAUGAAACUGGCUAAAAGUAGCAAAAAACAUCAAAAAGAUAAUUGGAGGUGGAAAUGUUUCAUCACAGGUACUAGCUGUGCGUGGUAUAUGGAACUGUAUUCAUUAUAUUACAUCUUCAGAAUCUUGAGAAUUCGCGGAUUUUCUUCAAUUUUCAUAUCGGUCUGUUACAGUGCUAUCUUUAAUAUAACGUGCGGUUUGGCAAUGGGAUCGCUUGGCUAUCUGGCAUGCUGCUGGUUUGUCAAUCGUGUCUACAUUGUCAAGUAUGAGAAAAAAUGA